UAUGAGAAAACAGGGAGUGUAAUAAAAGGGUGGUGGCAAUAGAUGUAAGCCCUUAGUGCAAGAGAACAUGGGAAGCAUGGCAAUGUGAGGUGUUUCCCAUUCCUUAUCCAGAACAAAGUCAGGAGUGAAACAAGAUCCAGGAUUCCAUAAAAGUGGAUUAUUAUUUCCAAGCAUCUGAGAAGCUUCAGACAGCUGCAGCUUGGGAUAAGACCUCCAGGUCCAGCAUUAAACCAGGAAGCGGGCAAAAUUAAAUGCUACUUCUCACCUAGAAGAAAGCUGCUUGCACUUUUCAAAUGAGCUUAAAGAUUAUCAACAAUAUUGCUGAGAUCUAAUCAAAUAAUUACCUAGAUAAUACGAAGCUUGGAUUAAAACUGAGGUUUCAGGUUGUUGCUUUUUUAAACCAGGCAUAAGCAUAAAUAAGAAUUUCCAGGGGCUAAUAAGACGACAACAAACAUUUAAGGGAUUGUCAACAGCUCGGAACAAGGCAAGAUGAACAACCGUAACGAAUGUUCCAUUUCACGCAAGGACGUUUCCACGUGUCAAAGCUUCUUACGGUGCCACUUUGCCCAUCUAGAGAAGCAGAUGGCCCAACAGAGGGCAGAAUAUGAAGCUAUUAUUUCAAGCCUGGAGCAACAGAAUAAAGAAAGGGACAUAGAGGUUAAGAAUCUACAUUCAAAAUUGAAUCAGCAACGGCAGUGGCAUUGUUUGAUGGAAAUUAAAAUAUGCAAUGCAGAGAGGGCAUGCAAAGAUGCAGAGAGGAAAAAUGAAACUCUUCAGAGAGAAAUGGAAGAGUUUUUUUGUACUUUUGGAAAACUGACAAGUGAAGAAAAGCUGCCGGAGCAAAUUACUCAAAGUUUUUAGAUGCCGUCUAAUCCUAACUUCAUCUGACGAAAAAAAACCUACACAUGUACUCAUUAUCCAAGUACUUAAAGCUAAAAAUACAAAUAAAGUUCUUUUUUGUUGCAUUUUUUAAAAUACUAAACGUUUAGUAAGUUUUUGUUUGAAUGGUUGGAGAAUUACAUUUUUAAAACCGGGCCUGGAAUGAUUAAGUACUGGAAGAAAAAUCUGGAGUAUAGAUUCAUUAAGAGUAGGAAAAAAAAUUCUAUAGCACUGCAACAGAAAAAAGAAA